AUGUCCAUCAAGUUGUACGACGCGAGCGGUUUGAGCCAGGAGUUUUCAGAUUCAGAGGUGGACCUGAAAAAGGAUCACGGUGUUUCCUUCGUAGAAGCCGUUGUUAGUUCGGGAACCUGGAUCUUCUACACCUACCCAAACUUCAAUGCCGCCAACAAUGCUGGCCCAUCUAACUACAAAGUUCUCGAGCCUGGACCACGUGUAACGAUCUCGAGUGUGAAUGGCUCCAUGCUCCUCCUUCCGGACCAGGCAGAAGGAAUCCUUCUGUUCGAGCAUAGCUUCUACGGUGGAACCAACAAGGUAUUCAAAAUACAUAAGCUUUCAAUAAUCAGCAGCUCACGCUCUCUGUAAAAAACGCUCUGCUCUGUCUUACAAUUCUCAUAAGACAACAAAGAGAGAUCAGCAGUAAGUAGCAAUCAGUUCUAAAUGGAUUACAGGAUAGUGUGGCAUCAUAGAACAUGAUCGUUUUUUUCAUUUUCUUAAUUUUGAACAAGGAUUUUUAGUUAUUUUGGUUUGAAAUUGGCCGUGAGUGAACUCGGGCCUGGAAUCAUUUUUUUAAAAAGUAGAUUAUUUCCGAUAAUAAUCUUCAAAGUCACUCAGACGGAGGCAAAUAAGAUAGCUUGUUUCCACAUGGAUUCAUAUUCAUAAGGAAUCAUAAACAGAUCAUCUAUACAUCAUACAGACAUGUGAUGUAAGUGACGGGCGCAAGAGGCAUUGAAAAGCGAUCUGAUUGUUGUAAGAGUAUAACUGAUUAUUUUGUCCACAUACCCCUGUCUUUCCCUUCGAUACCAAAUGGCGUAUGUUUCGUGACAAUGUGUAGCACUUUUUCCCAGUUAACCUCAUAGCUCUGGUUCGUGCUAGAUCUCCCUUCGCAGUUCCUGGAAGAAUAUUUAGUGGAUUUCGAAAAUUCAUGUCAAAUGAGGAGUUUAACCAGAUUUAAAACUUUUCUCAAAAGACACUCCUGCAAACGAGCUUAUUAUUUUACUUAGUGUCUUAGAGGUUAGAUGCUAGUACAAAAUUAUUUCUUUUGAAAGAUGUUUCUCCUUUAUCUGGGUUCUAUUCUUUCCACAAUUUCGUGCAGUGGUUUAAAGAAAGUUGCCCAGAUCUGAACCCCUUUUUCCCAGCCGGGAAAGCUGGAGGAGUCUCCUCUGCCAUCGUGUUAUCCAAGAACCAGAAGUUUUUAGCCUUCACCAAAACCAACUAUAAGGGCUUACAACAGCAACUGGAGCCAGGCAAG